GUUAAGCUGUCAAGUGUGGAUAAAGGACAGGUGAGGAUCAGGAAGCAUCAGGACCUUCCUGUGUUUCUGCCAUGUGUCCUCUUGCCUGGAGUAAUCCCGAUUGACUGCAGGCAGCGAGAAGACAUAAGGAGAGAGAGAGAGAGAGAGGAAGGAAGGGAUUACAUUUCCAAUCAACAAGCCCCUCAUCCCAUCACAUUCCAGACCACACGGAUUAGCCUGCUUUGUUCACGACAAACAUUAGUGCUCCCCUGGCACCCGUUUUCCACGCAAAUGGUUGGAAAACGAUCAUUAAUGAGAGUCUGGGUGACCGGAAUGGACUUUUUCUUCGACAAAGCUCCUUCACAUUCAACCCAGAAUGUUGGGCGUGAAGAUCCACAAACGGUGACAGACACAGAGCUUGGGCUAAGUGUGAGCAGGCCUGAGAUUCAAGAGGAGAAUUCCAACUCUAUUGUGAAUGACAUCAGCAGGAGAGUUCAGGAGCUGGUGCAGAAGGUUCACGACCGCCGCACCAGUGACCAGAAAGAAAUUGAAGAUUUUCAAGAGAUAAUACUGGAGAAGGUGACAGAGAUGUGCCAGCAGAUGAAGCAGCACAUGUACACAGCCUAUGAGGAGAACAGUGGUGAGAUGGAGGUGAAACUGCAGGAGUUGACUGAGGUGCUAGAGAGAUGCACCAUUCUCCACAAUGAGCUUCUGGAAGCCAGUAGCGUACUGGCAAGAGUGCGAGAGAGCCUCGUCAUCAACCAGCCAUCACAAUCCACAACACACUAGAUCAGCUCCAUAACUUGAAAUUGUUCUCAUGUUCUCGCACCAAUUUAGUUCUUUCUUCCGCAUUUCACUCGGAACCUACUGAUUGGCGCAACAGUUGAGAUUUGAGUUAGUUUUCUUGUUUUCAGCUGUGACUGAUACUUUCCUAUUCCGCUGUGAUGUGUAAGCAUUUGUAUGUGAGGACAGCAGUUUUAUUGGGGCCAUCCUCAUUUUGCCAGUCAUAUUAAAAUAUCGCAAAAUAAAAAGCAUCCCUUAAUGCAUUAUGCCACAACAACCCAAAUAAAUGAGCUACAGCUGAGACAUUUUAAAUGCAUGAAGGUAUCAGUCAAACCUCGGUUUUCGUGUGCCCCAGCUUUUGUUGAAAAUUUUUGCGUAAAUUUUGCCUGUUUUCAAUAUUCAGUUACAAUAUUGCAGUGAGAAACUACCGCUAGUCUGUUUGCCCUGUACUGUAUCGUUCCGUGAAAUUGAGUGCCCAAACAAAACACCGUACGCAUUGCUGACUCACUCUUCGUACAUUUUUUUUAUUGAGCGUGCCUGCUAAAUAACCCACCAUGGGGCCAAAGUUGAGAGUGCCGGCAAUUUGGUAAAGAAGGUGAGAAACACAAUUGAAAUUAAUUUCCCUGGGAUGCAUGGGAAGUCCGUAUCAACAAUAACUUCCAUCCAUUUGUCAUUUAAAAUGAUUUCACAUUGUUUUCUGCGUGUAAAAUUAGAAUUAUUCUCUAUAAAAUGUACUUCUUGUUCGUAUUUUGGGGGGGGUCUCGAGCGGAUUUCAUGGAUUUACGUUAUUUCCGACACAAAAAUGGUGUCAGUUUUCAUAUAUUUUGGUUUUCUUCUGAUCUUUUGGAAUGAACAAAUGACAAAAACAGAGGUACCAUUAUAUUUGCAUUUUACGCUGAUGGAUUGUGACCGGGUUGUAAGGAGACCAUGAAAAUGGAAACAGAAACGGGAACAAGUGACAAAAAUACAGAGUCUGCAAUUUAUUGAAAACUACAUUUAAACUCAC